UCUGCAGGCCGUGGAAUAGAGGCUACGCUUGAGUCGCGCUGCUCGAGGCUUGCUUGAGAGUCUGGUGCCAUAAAGUAAAGAAGAAGCAAGAGGUCGUCAGAACGGAUCAGAAGAUAAGAAAUGAUGCUCACGGUUGCCCCUCUCCUGCUGGUCAUUGCCUCGAUUGUGUACGGUUACGAGAAGACUUGGAAGUUCACAAGAGUGAGAGAAGCAUUAGUCAAUAACAGCAUGCAGUUAUCCCUGCCCUUGCCGUGGAUCUCGGCAACCGCGUAUGCAUCGAGACUAGGGACAUAUCGCCUCGUGUGUGAGAUAUCGCAAGAUGAAAGUUGGUUACUGAACAUUUUCGCCGUGCCGUUCAAUGAAGAACUUGUUCCAGGCCCUAAGUAUAACUGUCAAACCAACCGAAAUCCAGCGAAUAUUUUAACAGCUCAAUCUGGAAUCUCCGUUUACGCCAAUACUCCUCAGUCGGGGGGGAACCCUCUCCGCAAACCAUCUAACUUGCUCGACGGAGUUUACACUGGAGAUCCAGAAGAAUGUUUCAUGUCUAAACCUGCGAAUAACCCUUAUAUCGUCUUCAAUUUGACUCGAACUGCAGCAGUGAGAAACGUAGUGAUGGUCUCUAUCUCCGACUCAGGCAAAGAAGACUCGUUUCAAAAUAUGGACAUUCGUGUUGGAACCGCCCCGAAGACAGGCAACUUCUCCAGCUACGAACAGUUGGCCUACAUGGAUGGCAUGGCACCACAUCCUUCUUACGAGUACACAUCCAACGCCACAAAGCCCAUAAUUGGUAACUUCUUAUCGAUCCAGGCAUACGCAACCUAUAUCAAGCUCAUCAUCUGUCACCUUGAAAUAUAUGUAGUGUAAGCACACUGAUGACGUCCGCGUUGUCAACUAGACAACGUGCUCGAGUUGAACUGGUCACCAUUGAAUUAGUCGGACUCCAUUGCCCUAUUUUUCAAAAUUGUUCCAUUUACCAAUUUUCAAUCUACCUUAUGUAAAUUUCGUCAAAUUUGACAGUUUCACUUUCACGUAUAGUUUCUCGUACGUAAAAACUGAGAGCAGACCUUCCGGCAAUUCUUCCGUCAUUUUCAUUAAUAUUUCGGAAGCUGUAAACGAAUCCGAACUUUCAUGCCUUGAAUAUUCCUACGUUUGUAACCAUCGGCAUACAAACUACAGUAAAUUUCAAUUAGAUAAUUCAUCAAGUUUUGUAAUGAGCCUGUUUAUACAUGUGUA